AUGGCGGAGGAGUGGGCGUACGAGGAAGCCUCGGACGAGGAAAAGCUGCAGAUUGCGCAGCGUUUCUUGCUGGCUAGUCCACCUGGACAGGUCCACGAGGUUCUGCGUGACGUGGCCAAGCUCGUCCCGGCGCAUGUGCUACCUGAUGCGGCGCUUCGAGGGGCGCUGCAUGCCUACAACGUUAAGAACUGCGUGCCCGUAGACGUCCCCGAUGCUGAUUACAAGGUCUACUAG